CCACCUAGUGGUAAGACUCUCAUUGAUCGAUGUUGUAUGUGACUUGGCUGUUUGCCAGACGAUCUAUUCGAGCUUCCGUCAACAGAUGGACAGGGUCAAGAAGACAUGAUACCUUACGCAUCAUGCAUGUGCUUUCGAGAGGAAAGUGGUGGACAAUGGAAGAUAAUAUCUGCUCAGCUUUAAUUUGGAGAGGAACUAGUCUAGUCAUAGGUCUUAAUAAAAGAUGCCAAAGUGAUGAAGAGAAUUUUUCUCAGUCCGAGAUCUGCAUGCUUCAAAGUAUAAAAUAUAACGUAGCUUAUGCAGACAGGGCAGCUGUUGGAUAUAGAUCUCGGCAACCUGUUAUCACUAGGAUAAUUGAUCGCAGUUUACUAGAUGAUACUUACUCUGGUGUUACUGAGGUCCUACUCUCCAAAUGUAAUAGUUGGUCUUUUAAUACUUUUAAUCUUGAUGUUUCAACUGGCGGACGUUCCCUGUCCAAUUUGUUAGUUCAUCUUUUUCAACAAUAUGGAUUUGUUCAUCAUUUUAGAUUAGAUAUUGUAAAAGUCUGGCAUUGUUUUAAUUUGAUGGAAGCAGCUUAUCAUCGACAUAAUCCUUAUCAUAAUUCAGUUCAUGCAGCUGAUGUCACUCAAGCCAUGCAUUGUUUUCUUCGGGAACAUAAAUUUUCUGCUCAUUUAACUCCAUUAGAGACGAUGUCAUCUGUUCUAGCAGCAGUUGCUCAUGACCUUGAUCAUCCAGGUGUUACUCAAGCAUUUCUCGUGGCUACUUCCAAUCAUUUAGUCAACCUAUAUAAUAAUUCAUCAGUCUUAGAAAAUCAUCAUUGGCGAACAGCAGUUUCUUGUCUAAGUGAAUCUGGCAUAUUUAGUCAUAUGGAGAAAGAAAAAUGGUUAGAUAUUCAGAAACAGUUAAGGUCUUUGAUUUUAGCUACUGAUAUUACACGCCAAAAAGAGUUUUUGUCAAGGUUUAAAGAUUACUUAAGUUCGGAUUCCUUAGAUAUGCAAGAUUCACAAUACCGUCACUUUGCUUUGCAGAUAGCUCUGAAAUGUGCUGAUUUAUGCAACCCUUGCCGUCCAUGGACAAUAAGUCAAAGAUGGAGCUAUCAAGUAUGUCAAGAAUUUUAUCGGCAAGGAGCUUAUGAGAGGCAAUUAAAGUUACCUCUUACUCCUACUUUUGAUUGCAGUCGGACCAAAGUUGCAAAGAUUCAAGCGGAUUUCUUUCAAUUUGUUGUAUCACCUCUCUUUGAAACCUGGGACCACUUUUUACAGACACCAUUUUCUAAUAUGCUUUUAGAAAAUCUUAAACAUAACUUUAAUCAAUGGCAGCAAAGAAUAUUGUUGCAACAAUCAGCUACAGAGAGAAAAAUCCCUGUCAUCACAAUAGAAACCCCCUCAGAUGCCUCACCUGAAACUCAAGAAUUCCCUAAACAACAUCGCUCAAAAAGUGACAGUGGACUAAUUCCUCCAAAAGUACAUAUGGAAACAUACUCUAGUGAGGAACUUCAUCCUAGUACUACUCUUUUAUCUCUUUCAAGUAUGACAAAUACUGUUCAGUUAAGACAAGUCUAUGCUGCCACUCAAGUUGAAAGUCAUCUCAUUUGUCCUACAGUCUUUCAACCAUCUCCUACAGAUCCUCUUGAAUGUCCAAAUGGCUGUUGCACACCAAUUCUUCCUUCAAAACAACGCUCACAUAACUUUAAACAUUAUUCCUCAAAUCGUAGAGCUUCGGACUUCGGAUUUCAAAUUUAUAGUAAACUUUGUACAACACAAGAUAAAAUUUCAAAUAAUGAAUUGACAUGGACAACUAAAAUUCCUCCCAAUGAAAACACUGCCAAUAAUCGUUUUUGCAAUACUACAGAUAUCAAUUUAUUCAACUCAUCCAAAAUGUGUUCAGAUACCUGUGAUCAUCCUUCUUGGUGUUGGCAUAUCAGUCGUAGCUUUUCAGAAGAAAGGUCCCAUGACUUUGAUUCUCCUUCAGUUCAUAAAAGUAGACGUGGUUCUGCUCCAGUAUCCAACGAAAUUGCUUCAAGAGGUGGCUUAAAAGGGGGUUCUGAAACAGGGAGAAGAUGGUCCUCUGAGAUAUCAGGUUCAUCGACGACUAGAAGAAGUAGUUUUGGUUUACUUGAACCACUAUUGUCUGUAUCAAGGUUGGAUCAUACAUUCACCAAUCAUGUGAGAACUAUGAAAUAUUCACAAAGAAGAGGUUCUCUGCCAACAGAUUUGUAUCAACCACUUGAAUCUAGUUAUUUAUUAGAACAUAGCUCUAGCGAUCUUCUAAGUGUACUUAUUGGACCUUCCGGCGUGCUCAAUACAAUGCAGGGUAUUGUUAGAACAUUUUCUCCACAAGAAUGCGCAAGAAGAAAGUCUGGUGGUUUAGAAAUGUUAAGUGGGUUUUGGAAAUCACGGACAAAUGAUGUAGGAUUAGUUAAUAAAUUGACUUUGAGAAAUCAAUUACUUGAUGCUCGGUCCUCUUAUAGGACAGGUGGUGAAAAUACUGAUACAACUUUCAGUCAACGAAGAGGUUCUGUUCCUCUUACAUUAUUAGGUAAGUGAACAAGAACAAAAUUAGUGCAUGUAAAUGUUGGAAUCAAUAAAUAUCUUUUCUUUGUA